UAAUACAUUAUAAGACCGAAGCUGCGGGCCGUAUGAAAUCUGACCGCGGGCCGUGAUUGGCCCCCGGGCCGGACUUUGGACAUGCCUGGCUUAAGGACUCGAAGAGUAUUUGAUGGGCCAGAAGAAAGGAAAUUUAUCACUUUUGACAGUGAAGGUAUUGCCGUUAAAGGCAAUAUUUCAGAGUUUUCUCAUAAGAAUGUGACAGCUGUUGGUGAAUGUGUAAUUAAUGUGAGCAAAAUCUAUACAGCAGCCAAAAAUGAUGAAUAUUUCAUGGUUGGGAGGAUGAUUGCCACUUCUGUCGUUCAUGGAGGUCCAGGUCCUCAAUUCUUAUCUGAGAAGCUCUACCAGCACCUCACAGGAACAUCAACAAAUACAGAAGGAAAGAUAGAAGACAUCACUGACAACACCAUGAGGGCUUCUUUGAUUGAGAUAUCCAGUGCAGGUACAUUGACUGAACUACACCAGUCAGUUGAAAGACAUGCAAGCAUCUUGCAAACUGCUGGCUGCUUGCAGUUCCCUGUGACUGUUGAUGACAAAUUGAAAAUUGUAAAGGAGUUCAUUGAUUGGUACAUCAUUUACCGCAACCAUUUCUCUAUUCAAAGAUUCAAGGAUGGCCUUUCAACACUGAACUUCCAGAAUGCUUUGGAGCAGCAUGCUUCCGUCUUCAGGCCAUUUAUGUGUGCAAGAGUGGAACAGCUGACAUCCAAAAUAUUGGAGGAAAUAUUUGAGGUUCAGCUCAGUGAAAAGGGUAGCAGCAGACGACAUGAGGAAACAAGAGUGCUAGGAUUCUGGAGAGACUUUCUCCUUGACACAGAAGAACAAAAAACGGGUCUCUCUCUCCAGGACAUCCUGAUGUUUGCCACCGGCUUGAACACACUACCUCCAUCUUCAAUUCUGCCACCACCAAAACUGAUCUUUCAGGCCACUUCUCGUUUUCCUGUCAGUAGCACCUGCUCCAACACUAUCAAAAUACCAAUGUCCAAGACGUAUCAUCAGUUUAAAGAAGACAUGGACUUUGGGAUUCAAAACUCCCCUGGGUUUGGGCUUUAUUAAGGUCAAAUGCAUAACAAAACAAAAUGCUAACUAUUUAACUUGUCAAACCUGUUCAGUUAUGACACUGUUUAGUGUUUGUGUGCGACCUUCAAAUUUGGAUUCUUGUUUGUUUAUAAGUCCGCCAUGUUUUUCAGUUUGAUAUAGUUUUCGACACAUGAUUCCCAACUCUGUGGAUGUGCUAGGCCACACUGUCUCUGGAGGUUCUCAAAAUGUGCCUGAAGGUGUUCAUCUCCACAUUGAAUGUUGUUAGUCUCUGUCACAAACUGUCCCAAUUGCUCCUGGGAGACUGGGAAACCACAGUCUGUUCCACCAAACCUAGGAAUAGAAGAAGCACAGUAAACAUUUAGUUAUAUUUACAUUUCUUCACUAAACUGUUACUGCUGUGACUAUUGUUGUAACCUGUCUAAAUGAUUAAUUGUAUUUAAAUUUACAUUUUAGAAAUUGUCAUCUGAAAUGUUUAGAAUAAAAAGUGACAUACUGUUAA